AUGUCGCCACCUUUGCCUCACUCUAAAAUCAUCCUGUAUUCACCAUUUUUGCACGAGCAAUAUAGCAUGGCUAUCCACACUGAACUGCUCAAAACUGCCAUCUCCUCCUCAACUUUGUAUUUCUCCACCCUUGUCAUCAACAUCGCCUUCUCCUAUCUCUGUCCCUGUGCCAUCGUCAUCAGCAUUUUCUUCGUCCUUCAAUUCCCUGCCAUCUUCAACAUCCUUGCAGUUUCAUUACCUUUACUAUGUUUAGCUGUUUUUCUGCCUUUAAUUUUACUUUACGUCCGCCGUCUAUUAUUUCAACGCAGUCAACCACCUACAUCAAAUGAUGCAAGUGUCAUUUUUCCUCCCCACACUGCCCCGCCAUCACCUAUUCCAUCAUCAUCAUCAACACUACUGUCUUCACCUCAACCAUCAGCGACACUAG